CUGGAAAUGACUUUCUCCCUGGACUUUUCUUGGCUCCGGUGGAAAUGGCAAACCCAAAAUGGCUUUUCUCAGUCCCCUUCAGAAACCACACCACUGCUUUCUCCAGAGAUGGACAGGCAGAGCUACAACCCAACAGAGCAGCGGUUGGUGUACCCCAACAACAGCAUGUGUCACCAGGACUGGAAGAAGGUCUCCAGGAGGUACCCAGGCAACAGCAUCUGUACAACCAAGUACACUCUCCUCACCUUCCUGCCCCAGAAUCUCUUUGAGCAGUUUCAUAGGUGGGCCAACCUCUACUUUCUGUUCCUGGUGAUUCUGAACUGGAUGCCAUCCAUGGAAGUCUUCCACAGAGAGAUCACCAUGUUACCACUGGCCAUUGUCCUGUUGAUCAUCAUGGUCAAAGAUGGCAUAGAGGACUUCAAGAGAUAUUGCUUUGACAGGGAGAUGAACAGUGCCAGCAUUCAAAUAUAUGAAAGAAAAGAACAAAACUACAUGCAGAAGCGCUGGCAGGAUGUGUGUGUGGGAGACUUUGUCCAGAUGCGGUGCAAUGAGAUCGUUCCAGCUGACAUCCUCCUUCUCUUCUCCUCAGACCCCAGUGGGGUCUGCCAUCUGGAAACUGCCAACUUGGAUGGAGAGACGAACCUCAAGCAGAGGCGUGUUGUGAAGGGCUUCUCACAGCAGGAGGUGCAGUUCCAACCAGAGCACUUCCACAGCACCAUCGUGUGUGAAAAGCCGAACAACCAUCUCAGCAAGUUUAAGGGCUAUAUGGAACAUCCUGAUCAGACCAGGACUGGCUUUGGCAGCGAGAGUCUUCUGCUCCGAGGCUGCACCAUCCGAAACACCGAGGUGGCAGCUGGCAUCGUCAUCUACGCAGGCCAUGAGACAAAAGCCAUGCUGAACAACAGUGGCCCCCGAUACAAACGCAGCAAAAUCGAGCGGCGCAUCAACACAGAUAUCUUCUUCUGCAUCGGCCUCCUCUUCCUCAUGUGCCUCAUUGGAGCUGUAGGCCACAGCCUCUGGAAUGGUACCUUUAAAGAGCAUCCUCCCUUCGAUGUACCAGAUGAAGAUGGGAACUUCCUCUCUCCUGCCCUUGGAGGUUUCUAUAUGUUCCUUACAAUGAUCAUCCUACUCCAGGUGUUGAUCCCGAUCUCCUUGUAUGUAUCCAUUGAGCUGGUAAAGCUUGGGCAAGUGUUCCUCCUUCACAACGACCUUGACCUAUAUGAUGAAGAAACUGAUUUGUCCAUUCAAUGUCGAGCUCUAAACAUUACAGAGGACCUGGGCCAGAUCCAGUACAUCUUCUCUGACAAGACAGGGACCCUGACAGAAAACAAGAUGGUGUUCCGGCGUUGUACUAUUGUGGGCAGUGAAUAUUGUCACCAAGAAAAUGCCAAGAGACUGGAGAUGCCAAAGGAGCUGGACUCAGAUGGCGAGGAGUGGACCCAGUACCAAUGUCUGUCCUUCCCACCUAGAUGGGCCCAGGGCUCAGCAACGAUGAGAAGCCAAGGAGGUGCCCAGCCUCUGAGGAGGUGCCACAGUGCCCGGGUUCCUAUCCAGAGCCACUCCCGGCAAAGAUCUGUGGGGCGCUGGGAAGUUACACAGCCUCCUGUGGCCUUCAGCAGCUCAAUAGAAAAAGAUGUGACUCCUGACAAAAACCUCCUGAGCAAGGUGCGAGAUGCUGCCCUGUGGCUGGAGACCUCAGAUACCAGACCCGCCAAGUCUUCGCACUCCACCACUGCCUCCAUUGCUGACUUCUUUUUGGCCUUAACCAUCUGCAACUCUGUCAUGGUGUCCACAACCACUGAGCCCAGAAAGAGGGUUACCACUCCACCAGCCAGCAAGGCUCUGGGGACAUCCUUGGAGAAGAUUCAACAGCUCUUCCAAAGGCUGAAGCUUCUGAGUCUCAGCCAAUCAUUCUCAUCCACAGCCCCCUCUGACACAGAUCUAGGAGAGAGUCUGGGACCCAACAUGCCUGCCACAGACUCCGAUGAGAAAGAUGACACAUCUGUGUGUAGUGGAGACUGUUCUACUGAUGGUGGCUACCGGAGCAGCACGUGGGAGCAAGGUGACAUCCUGGGGUCUGAGUCAGGCACUUCUCUGGAGGAGGGGCAGGAGGGCCCAGCUCUCAGCCUAGAUGGACCAGAACUGUGCUACGAAGCUGAAAGCCCUGAUGAGGCAGCUCUAGUGCAUGCGGCCCGUGCCUACAGUUUUACACUAGUGUCUAGGACACCUGAGCAGGUGACUGUGCGUCUGCCCCAGGGCAUCUGCCUCACCUUUGACCUCCUUUUCACGCUGGGCUUUGACUCUGUCCGGAAGAGAAUGUCAGUAGUGGUGAGGCACCCACUGACAGGUGAGAUCAUCGUCUACACCAAGGGUGCUGACUCGGUUAUCAUGGACCUGCUGGAAGAUCCAUCCUGUGUGAGUGAUAUUGAUGUGGAAAAGAAGCUGAAGAGAAUCCGAGCCCAGACCCAAAAACACCUGGACUUGUAUGCAAGAGAUGGCCUUCGAACCCUGUGCAUCGCUAAGAAGGUUGUAGAUGAGGAGGACUUCCAGAGGUGGGCCAGUUUCCGUCGUGAGGCUGAGGCAUCCCUUGACAACCGAGAGGAACUUCUGAUGGAGACAGCCCAGCACCUGGAGAAUCACCUCACUUUGCUUGGAGCCACUGGGAUUGAAGAUCGACUCCAAGAAGGAGUUCCUGAUACCAUCGCUGCUCUGCGGGAGGCUGGAAUCCAGCUCUGGGUUUUGACAGGAGAUAAACAGGAGACAGCAAUCAAUAUCGCAUAUUCCUGCAAACUGCUAGAUCAGACCGACACCGUGUACUCGAUUAACACUGAGAGUCAGGAAACCUGCGAGUCCAUCCUCAACUGUGCAUUGGAAGACGUAAAGAGAUUUCAUGAACCGCAGCAGCCAGCCAGAAAACUCUGUGGGUACCGCAUCCCAUCUACGAUGCCAUCUGUUAACUCUGGAGCUAUGGCUCCUGAAAUUGGACUGGUCAUUGAUGGGAAGACACUAAAUGCAAUUUUCCAGGGAAAGCUGGAAAAUAAGUUCCUGGAAUUGACCCAGUACUGUCGGUCUGUCCUGUGCUGUCGUUCCACGCCACUGCAGAAGAGUAUGAUUGUCAAACUGGUUCGAGACAAGUUGAGCGUCAUGACUCUUUCCAUAGGGGAUGGAGCGAAUGACGUAAGCAUGAUUCAGGCUGCUGAUAUUGGCAUUGGAAUAUCUGGGCAGGAAGGCAUGCAGGCUGUCAUGUCCAGUGACUUUGCCAUUGCCCGCUUCAGCCACCUCAAGAAGCUGCUGCUUGUGCACGGCCACUGGUGUUACUCGCGCCUGGCCAGGAUGGUAGUGUAUUACUUCUAUAAGAACGUGUGCUACGUCAACCUGCUGUUCUGGUACCAGUUCUUCUGUGGUUUCUCUGGCUCCACCAUGAUUGACUAUUGGCAGAUGAUAUUCUUCAAUCUCUUCUUCACGUCCUUGCCACCCAUCAUCUUCGGAGUCCUCGAUAAAGAUGUCUCUGCAGAAACACUCCUGGCAUUGCCCGAGUUAUACAAGAGUGGCCAGAACUCUGAGUUCUACAACCUGCCAAAGUUCUGGGUUUCCAUGGCUGACGCAUUCUACCAGAGCCUCAUCUGUUUCUUUAUCCCUUACCUGACCUAUUGGGGUUCAGACAUAGAUGUCUUUACUUUUGGAACACCAAUCAACACUAUCUCCCUCACCACCAUCCUCUUGCACCAGGCAAUGGAAAUGAAGACAUGGACUGUCCUCCAUGGCCUUGUCCUCCUCGGCAGCUUCCUGAUGUAUUUCGUGGUUUCCCUAAUAUACAACGCCACUUGUGUCACCUGCAACAGCCCCACCAAUCCCUACUGGGUGAUGGAAAGGCAGCUCUCAGACCCCACGUUCUACCUCAUCUGCCUCCUCACACCAGCUGUGGCUCUUCUACCAAGGUAUUUUCUCCUGGCUCUACAAGGGACAUAUGGGAAGUCUCUAAUCUCAAAAGCUCAGAAAAUUGACAAGCUGCCCAUAGACAAAAGAAACCUUGAAAUCCAGAACUGGAGAAGCAAACAGAGGCCUGCCCCUGCCUCUGCUUCUGCCUCAGCUCCUGAGUGUGCUAGCCCUGUCCACACUGGGCCCCCAUGCCAUCCAGUGCCACCUGAAGCACAGCAGGACUUUGGAGCCAGUACCUCAAAGAGCUCUAGCCCUCCCAGACAGAAGCUUGUGGAAGACUGGGUUCUCCAGGGUCCACGAUGUAGCAGAGAGCAGUCUAGGGAUGACACCUGCUCAGGAGAUAACUUGGCUAAACUUUCUUCUGGGGAAUGCCUUCUGGACCCAAACAGGACAGUGGCUCCCAUGGCCUAUUCCAGGGGUCAAAAGGAUGUAUCUCGACACUCAAGGAAAGGCAGCCAUCGACGAUCUCAGAGUUCAUUAACCAUAUGA